AUGGAUUGGUUUCAGGAUCUAGUGAAGGCUGAGGGCAGCAUCUCCUCAGCCUUCAACUCCUACCAGGUGCAGAAGAUCCCGGGCUCAGGCUCUUUCGGCACGGUCGGCCUCUGUUACAAAAACAACACUGACCAGAUGGUGGCGCUGAAGUUGGUGAAGAGCCCUGACCAUGAGUGGUUCUGCAGCUUCAUGUACAACGGCCACUUCUGCCACGAGUAUGAAGUGCUGGACAUUAGUCUGGGAGACUUUGUGAAAAAGUCCUCGACUCUGCCGCUCCACCACAUCUGGCCAAUCCUCACACAGAUGGCUGAUGCUUUGAAGUUUUUAAAGAGCUUCAUAAUAAUCCAUGGAGACCUGAAGCCGGACAACAUAAUGAUGGUGGAUCAUGUAAGGAAGCCCCUCCAGGUCAAAAUUAUAGACUUUGGACUGGCUCGUCCAGCGUAUCUCGCGAAGCAGGGUAUUUCUUUCGGGACACUUUGCUACAGCGCCCCGGAGAUGGCUCUAGGAGCUCCUAUGCACUAUGCUUUAGACAUGUGGUCGCUCGGAUGCAUAGAUGCUGAGAUGUUCCUUGGGCAAUUGCUCCUCAGCGCUGAGAAAUCCUGGUGA